AUGGCGUCAGGUCCCGCUACCCAAUCAUUGAAGUGUGUAGUGACUGGCGAUGGUGCUGUUGGAAAAACAUGCCUCCUUAUCUCGUACACAACCAACGCAUUCCCCGGGGAAUACAUCCCUACCGUAUUUGACAACUACACGGCCAGUGUGAUGGUAGAUGGCCGGCCUAUCAGCCUCGGACUAUGGGAUACUGCUGGACAGGAAGAUUACGACCGCCUGAGACCGUUGUCCUACCCCCAAACCGAUGUCUUCCUCAUCUGUUUCUCCAUCGUCAGCCCCCCGUCGUUUGACAACGUCAAGGCCAAGUGGUACCCCGAGAUCGAGCACCACGCCCCUAAUGUCCCCAUCAUUCUUGUCGGCACCAAGCUCGAUCUGAGAGAUGAUCGCGCGACUGCAGAGUCCCUUCGCCAGAGGAAGAUGGAGCCCGUCUCCUAUGAGCAGGCGCUGGCCGUCGCCAAGGAGAUUCGCGCGCACAAGUAUCUUGAGUGUUCCGCCCUGACACAGCGCAAUCUCAAGAGCGUGUUUGACGAAGCUAUUCGUGCUGUGCUCAACCCGCGACCUGCUGCGAAACCAAAAAGCAAGAAAUGCUUGAUCUUGUAG